AGGCGCAGGGAGGAAGAGUUUCCAGGGAUCCAUGGAGCAGCAUGUCACAGCCGCGCCGUCUCCCAGCUCUUCUCGUCCACGAUGCACUUUAGGGCUUCAGUAAGAUGCGUGUGUGUUUCCAGAUCCUCUCCUUCCUCCUCGCCGCCAACUUGUGCAGCCAGCCGCUGCGCGCUCAGGAUCCCUCCUGCUGCCACCAUGCUGCCGAGUUCUCACCAUGCAAAGAGGCUUGUGACCAGCUCGCCACCAUAAAGAGUGAGUCCCGCCUGAAGCACCUGCUGCAGAGGCUGCCUGGCUACUGCCCCGAGUCCAUGAAUGAGCUGUGGAUGUGCAUCAACUCUACACUUCCAGGCGUGUCCAGGAAGUCGGACGGCUGGGUGGGGCUCGGCUGCUGCGAGCUCGCCAUCUCGUCCGAGUGCCGCCGGGAGUGCAAGCAGGCCUCCUCCAAAAAUGACAUAACGAAGGUCUGCAAGAAGGUGACGGAGAACUCGUUGUACAGCUGCAUCACCAAAAAUGAAAUGGGCUCCACCUGCUGCAGCUAUGCGGGCCGCCACACCACCUGCAGGGAGUACUGCCAGGCCAUCUUCCGGACCGACUCCACCCCCACCGUGUCGCAGAUCAACGCCGUCAAGGACUACUGCCAGAGCCACAGCGCCCAGCUGCUGGGCUGCGUCAGCAACUUCACCAAGUCCUACCCCGUCCGCAGCCCCAUCGACAGCCUGUACUGCUGCGACCGGGCGGAGGCGCCGCACUGCCAGGUGGCGUGCCGCCGCAUCCUGCGCACCAUGAGCACGGAGCACGAGAUCAUGGAGGGCCUGAUCAAGGAGUGCGGCUCGCAGCCCCUCCCCCAGGAGCCCAUGUGGCAGUGCUUCCUGGGCAGCGCCCACCCGCCCUCCCCGCCCGAGGAGGAGCCGCCGCGCCCCGCCAAGAUGGACUGCGCCAAGCUGCACUGCUGCGCCAAGGCCAACACGUCGCUGUGCAGGGACAUGUGCCAGGAGAUCAGCACCAACUGGGGCAGCCAGACGUGGCAGGACUUCGACCAGCUGUGCGAGUACAACCCGGUGGAGACGGAGCUCAUCAACUGCCUGGCCGACGUGAGGGAGCCCUGCCAGCUGGGCUGCAAGGGCCUCAGCUACUGCACCAACUUCAACAACAGGCCGACCGAGCUUUUCCGCAGCUGCAACGUCCAGUCGGACCAGGGCGCCAUGAACGACAUCAAGCUGUGGUCCAACGGCACCAUCAAGAACAUCCCGGUGCUGGACAUCCGGAAGUGUCUGCCGGACAUGUGGAAGGCCGUGGCCUGCGCCCUGCAGAUCAAGCCCUGCCACAGCAAGUCCAGAGGCAGCGUCAUAUGCAAGUCGGACUGCGUCGACAUCCUGACCCAGUGCGGAGACAGGAAGCGCUUCCUGGAAGGACAAACUCCGGAGAGGAUCUGUGAGCUGCUGUCGCCCAUCGACGACCCCGAGCGCUGCAUCCCCCUCCACAAGUACCUGAGCCCCAGUUCCCUCGGUAACAGCAUCGUGGAGGAAGUCAUCCACCCCUGCAACCCCAACCCGUGUCCCAGCAACCACCUGUGCCAGGUGAACAGGAAGGGCUGCCUGGACGAGGUCAGCUGCCAGCCGUACCUCUGCGUGCCAGGCUGCAAGCUGGGCGAGGCCUCGGAGUUCCUGGUGCAGCAGGACGCCCGGAUCCAGGUCCCGACCCGCUCCGGCUCGCUGGGCUGCUACGAGGUGUGCAGCUGCGGGCCCAGCGGCCGCCUGGAGAACUGCGCCGAGAUGCCCUGCCUGGACACCGACAGGGCCUGCCUGGUGGGGGGGCAGCGGAAGAGCCACGGGACGACGUUCAGGGUGGACUGCCACAUCUGCUCCUGCUUCGCCGGGGACGCCGUCUGCUCCACCCGGGAGUGUCUGAGCCUCAGCAGCUCCGAUGAGGACCGGCGACACUUCACCGGGCUUCCCUGCAACUGUCAGGACCGCUUCGUCCCGGUGUGUGCGUCCAACGGGAGGACCUACCCCAGCGCCUGCGUGGCCCGAUGCAUGGGCUUCAAAGACCACCAGUUCGUGUUCGGCCAGUGCCGCCUCACCAACCCGUGUGCCGGGAAGCCCUGUCCCAGGAGCCAGAGGUGCGUCCCGAAGUACCGUGUGUGUCUGAGCGACUCGUCCGACUGCCCGCAGCACGAGUGCGUCGGCCGCCCGGCGGCCUGCGACCGGAACAGCGUGGAGCCGGCGUGCGACACCGACGGCCUGGUUCACCCCAGCCUGUGCCACCUGCAGCAGGCCGGCAAGACCCUGGCCUACAUGGGCCACUGCCAGGACGCCUGCAGGAAGCCGCAGCAGGUUUGCGGCCACAACGGCGAGACGUACGGCACGGUGUGCGACGCCUUCUCGGACCGCGUGGCGGUGGACUACGAGGGCUACUGCCACGCCGUGGGCGCCGUGUCGGAGGGCGCGCCCUACUCCGCCUGCAGCCUCGUGCCCUGCCCGCCGCUGUCGGCGCCGGGCUGCCAGCCCGUCACGCCGCCGGGCGCCUGCUGUCCGAUCUGCGCCAGCAUGCUGCAGAUCCUGUGGAACAAGGAGCAGAUGAACACCUUCUCCAAGCUGAAUAGGAACCAGCCGGUGACGGUCCAGGACGUCCUGCAGAUCCUGCGGCUCCACGUCUCCGUGCCGCAGUGCGACGUCUUCGGCUACCUGAGCAUCGACCACGAGCUGGUGGUCCUCAUCGCCCCCGUGGACCAGCAGCCCACGCCGCUGCAGAUCGAGGCCUGCAGCAAAGAGGCGGAGAAGAUCGACUCGCUCAUCAACUACGCCAGCCCCACCCUGGUGUCCCACGUGCCGCUGUCCGCCUUCCUGGCCUCCGAGAUCAAGACCUCCUCCAUCCGCUCCUCGGGGGCGGAGCAGGCCUCGCCGCCGCCCCGGGUCCUCAUCCCGGUCCUGGUCCUGCUGGUCCUCAUGGUGUCCGGCCUCUUCCGGCUUUAGGUGCCUGACAUCCACCCCGACUGACUGACUCAGCUCCAAAGUGCCCCCCCUUCCCCAGGAGCCCCCUGGUGGCGACAAUCGGAUCCUAUUGACUGACCUGCGUCUCCAACAAUCACAGCGGUGGGAAAGCUCUGAUCACACAAAGCCUCAGUAUGAACAGUAUUAUCCAGUGAUCCUCCUCACCAGGCCCCCCUUCAGUCAAGAGCGUGUGUGUGUGUGAGACAGAGUGUGUGAGUGUGACCUUUAAAAGAAGCGCUUGGCUUCGUACCAACAGUGUUUAUCCAUUAGUCCCAGCAGCUCUCUGGGAGGCGUUAAGAGGGAACGUAAACUUCAUGAGUCACCCUGAGUGUGUGUGUGUGUGUGUGUGUGUGUGUGUGUGUGCGUGUGUGUGCGUGUGUGUGUGUGUGUGUGUGUGUGUGUGUGUGUGUGUGUGUGUGUGUGUGCGUGUGUGUGCGUGUGUGUGCGUGUGUGCGUGUGUGUGUCUGUGUGUGUCUGUGUGUGUGAUGACUGACGAGGACUCGAUAUCCUUGUCUGGCUCUGCAUCUGUGUGGCAAUUCACUUGAAAUUCCCCCUCCUGUGCACACACGCACACACACACACACACACACACACACUGAGAAUCGGUUUGAGAAGUCUUCUGAUGGAGUCCGACGAGCGUCUCUGUGACACUUCUAGGGUCGACAGGAAAUCAGCCGCUCUGUCUGUGUUUUCCUCCAAACUCAGUUUCAGUCCUUCAGGUCCUCCACACGCUGCCUGAUGACCUUUAACCUUUAGUCCAGAUUGAAUCUGGUUUUUUUCCCUCUCUGUUUUCGCUGCUCCGUCUUGCACCGAUGUGCUUCGCAGCUGAUUGAUCUCCAGAGAUUUACACUUUUCAUUUUGGCAAAUGAAAUUCCAUCAGUUAUCUUCAAGGCCCCGAAGACGUGAGAACUGUGUGGACUCAGUGUUUGAACCUGGAACUGAAGCAGUGUUAAAGUCAUGAUCAAGAAUUCAGGGUUUUUGUUGUUUUUUUUUUUUCAGAUUUCCAGUCCAGUCAUUUUGAAUUUGCAGGACAUGAAAACGCAGAAAUCAAAUUUGCCACAGUUUUAACCACAAUGCUUGACAGUCGACGCCACGGUAACGGAAUACUGAUAAGAUAACGCCGCGUCACCGACGGCGACGUCCAAUCAGCAGCGAAUUGACCUGAACCACUGAUAAUUAACGCCUUCAGGUCAGGUUUAUUAAACAGUAUUAAGGUUAAAGAGGAUGCCCGCCCCCACACACACACACACACACACACACACACACACACCCUCCCUCCCUCCGCCUGAGGCCAGUAGCUCCCAGCAGCAGUGAAAGGGACGAGCAGAAGCCAUGAAGACGUCGAAGACAAUCAGCCUCCACGCGAUGCCUUGCUCAUAGUGUCUUAUAUGAAGUAAUAAUGAAAAUGCAAUAAGUUUCUAUUUGUUCAGAAGUGUCUUUAUAUUUGAUAUGUAUCGAUCGUGUGCCAUGUUUUGAUUUCUAUUGAUUACGUUUUAGCUGUUAUUCUUUAUUGCAUGAUGACAAUUAUGAAGUGUGUUUAUUCCAGAAUGUACUGCAGUGUGCGUGCGUGUGUGUGUGCGUGCGUGUGUGUGUGUGUGUGUGUGUGUGUGUGUGUGUGUGCGUGUGUGUGUGUUUCUGCCUGUACAGCACACCGUGUCCUCGUGUCCAGCAGUAUUACUGUGCUCGGCAGCUCUGUAGCAGGGAACCUUCUCCAGCCUCCAUCUACUCUCAUUUCUACCCGUUUUAUUAAUUAAUAUUAAUUUUAUUAUUAUGAUAUUGAAUAUGCUUUUUUCUGCAUUACUUGUGUUUGUCUUCAGUGUUUGAUUUAUUUUUUUUCCUCCUCCACAUGAAUGAGUUCUUAGAGAAAAGUGACAAAUUUGCCUUUUUUUUUUUAUGUUUGAAUGUUCAGAUGAAUCAAAAGGAAAAAGAUCUGUUUGACUUUUUCCUUUGAGGUUAAAGCUAAGAGUACAGUAUUAUGUUUAAUUACCUGCUAUAUUUUUGUUUGAGUUUUGAUCAGAAGGUCCCUGAAUUCUGAUUGAAUCAGGUUCAUUUGAAAAGGUUUCAAGGUAUUUUCACAGAGCUGAGGUCGCUUAGCAGUUAGCUUAGCUUUCAAUUUCUGUUUUUUUUUUCCUUUAAAUGGGAAAAGCUGUAAUUAUCACAGUUCUGUGUAAUUUUUUUACAAAACGUGUGGCUUGACAAUCAUUUCUCUCCUAAAGAUGGCGGUUUGAGGGUGAUCUUCCUCUCUGAUUGGAGUUCACUGCUUUUGUUGAGUAUAGUUUAACUGUGUCAAAUAUAAGGCCUGCGGCCCACGAACGGCCAAGUGUGAGCUUCUGUUAAUUUCUUUUCCCAAUUUGAUUUAUGAUUGAGUUUAUUGUAGGUGUGAUUGUGACAAUUUGGACAUGUUAGAAACCCUCUGAAACGGCACAGGAGGUCGGUUUUAAUGUGAAAAAUAUAAAAUCUUGUUUUCAUCGAUGCUUUCAAGUGAAAAUGCAAUCUUUAUCAACAAAUUUUUUGAGGAAAAAAAUACUCCGUCUCCAUGGAAACAGAAGGACGCAUGACUUUU